AUGAUUGCUUCUGAUGACCACGAUGACGUCCAUAGCCAGGUCACAUUUGGCAAGGCAGACUGGUCACUGGGUCGCGCAGAUCCACCAGACUCAGUCACUCUUGAUUUUCACUCUCCACACUCUUCUGAUGAACAUCUAGCAGCAGCGUUGCCAGCUACUUUGACAGCAGCCAGUGGGCCAAUAAGGCAAGAUGCCUUGUUUCACCAAUUCUCGAACGAAAUAAAUCUCGAGGUCCUCCAAUACCUGCCACCGCCUGAUCUCGGAAGCUACUACUGCGUGAACAAGCACCUGUACGCUGUGACGGCAAUACAUCGAAUAUCUUAUCAACGCCUCAAGCGGAGGUUCUCAACCUCCUUGAAUAGCAAGCAGCCCGGCUCCACGGCGAAACUUAUCAAGAGUGUCUUGGCCGAGCCUCGAAGUAUGCUCUACGUUCAGCAUUAUACCAUUGAUGGCUGCUGCGCUGGGUGGGGCAGGAGCGACGACCAUUUCGAUGAUGGUGAGCUGGAGCACGUUGAAUAUACAGCUUCGGAUGUGUCCCUCAAGGCGGGAGAGGAAGAUGUUUUGAUUGCGCUUGCUCUUACGCUCUUUCCCAAUCUCACGUCUAUCGAUAUUCAGGAUCCACGCCUCACUCCGCGAGUUGAGAGGAUGAUUCGCCGCAUGACAAAUGCGAUAUACCCUGACAUGGUUCCGUUGGCCAAACUGAUCAGCGUAACCAUCGGUACUUCUGACAGCAACUUUUGUAUUGACCCUAAGACUAUUGAACUAUUUGCCACGCUACCAUCGGUCCAGACCGUUAACGCCGCGUGGAUUGGUGGCGAGAUCGAGAUACUUGAGAACAUUGUGCCAACGAAAGGCUCAAAUGUCACGGAUCUGAACGUAAUGUAUGGGGAUGUCCUGCCACAGCGCCUGAUGCUUCUCCUACAAAGCUUUGGAUUGUUCCUGUCUAUCACGUAUUGGCCUGCGAGUUCUCCUCAUUUGGAGCAUGACUUUGACCCUUUCUCGAUUGUCACCAAUCUAUUGGCUUGCGCCCAGGACUCGCUCCGAGAACUCCAGAUCUGA